ACCUCUCAUAUACAUUCAAUUGAAGUUCGAUCAUUUGAGUUGGCUGUUUUGAAUUUUGUUGAAAGUACGUGGAUAAAAGUAACAAAAAAUAAAUGAAAAAAUGAUUAUUUUCUUAAAAACGAUCAUUUGUAUAGCAUUGCUGACCGAGUGCAAUGCUGUUGGAAACGGCAGUUCAUCUAGUUCUUAUGGAAGUAAUUAUUUGAAUACUGAUGCAUUCAAAUAUCAAGGAGAUCCAAUUCGAUUUUCUUGUGUAGCAAAUUCGAAUUCUGAAUUUUAUACGAUAGACGUAAAUAAAACGAUUCCGUCAGCUUUGGUUGAUCAUCUAGAUAAUGGAAAAAGUCUAUCGUUAUUUUUCCACGAAUUUACGAAUAUUGUAGAUAAUUCAAGCGAUUUGUUUUCUUCAUUUGCUGGUGAAUGGUUGGAGGCGUCUGGAAACAAUAUUUGUAUCGUAACCUAUGCUUACACAGCGACUCCAUCAAUUGGUUUUACCAAGAAUGAGAUUUUGGAUAAAAUGCUGACUACCCAACGAUAUGAACACGUAGCAAAAUUGGUAGGGGAGUUAGUGCUUGGCGUGCGAGAAAAAUGUAUUAAUUCGAAUAGAAGGCAAUGUCUCAAACACUUAUCACAACUUGAUGUGAGUGGUUUCGGUUUUGGAGCACAUAUCGCUGGCAGAACUUGUCAAUACCUUCAGCGAAAAAUACGCCAACGUCCUCGGAUACUAUUGGCUUUGGAUCCAAUAAAGAUUCCUCUCUUAAAAGAAAAUAAAAUAAAGGAAACCCUUAGGACGGUUGAUGCUGAUUAUGUUCAAGUAAUUCACUCCUCACAAGAGGUAGGAAUAUGGGAUCAACUUGGACAUGUCGAUAUCUACGUCAAAUAUGUGCCAGACACAGAUUUGCGAGCUUUAAAUAAUGAACAUGGAAUCGCAUUUUUCAUCCAUGUUGCAACGUCUACAAAGAGACUAUAUUUAACGGCCGCAUCAAAUGAAAAUGGAACUGGUACCAUUUCAACAGUUCAAUUCAGGACAGGGACGAUUGAAUGUCCAAUGGGUGUAUACAGUACUCUGCAAUUGGCUCAUCGUGGAAAGAAAUUUGGUUUGUGGUUGGAAAAUCGUAGAUCUAAUUUCUGGACGAAAUUGGGCUAUUUAGCUGAUGCCAAACUCCUGGCCAAUCAAGCUGAAAGAAGGGAAAAUGAAUCGAGAGAUUCAGACGACGACGAAUGCAAAAUAUGCUACAGUAAUAAGAAAAAUAUCCGUUUAUCAUGUAAUCACGAAAUGUGCUAUAACUGUUGGGUUAUGUGGAAAUAUACACUAUCAGCUCGUGAUAAAUGUCCCAUGUGCAGACAAACAAUUACUAGUGUUGAUGACUUGAUAUUAUAAAAUAUUGGUAAAGUCACUACUUGAAAAGCAAUUUUUACUUCAUUUGAACCCCAAAAUUCUAUAUAUUUGAGACUCGGUGCUAUUUGGGGAUCGCUUCGAACAGAAAGUGAAAAAAAUGCAUUGAACAUUUUGAAUAUUACAUUUCUUUUUCAUAUUUACUGAUUAUUUACUCUUUCACUCAAUAAUAAAUACCGAAUAAAAACUCUUUAUUUUGAAAUAAAGCCAA